UCUCUCCCCCUCAAGUUUCAUCAACGCUACAGCAUCCUCCCGUUUCUCCUCCUCCUCCAUCCUUCCUCCUGUAAAGUGCGCCUCCUGAACCCUAAUUUUAUUUCCCAAGCUCGCUCUCGAUCGCAGGGAUCGUCUAAUAAAUUGCAGAGGGUGUAAGUGUUGCUCAUUCUUGUUGCUGGUUUUCGGGGAUUCGAAUUCGUCCCUUGAAUUCGCUUGUAGGGUUAGAGAAUUCUUUUUAUGGCAUUUGAAUGCCAAGGAGGUAGUCACGUAUCUGAGAUUCUGUCAGCAUUUGUUGUUGAUUCUUUGGGAGAGCGCAUCGAUUCGGAGGUGCAGAUAAGUGAUCCAGCGGAGAACUGUGGUGUGGAGCACUUGGAAAGCAAAGUGUUCGACUUGGAAACAACUGUAGAGGAAACUGGGAAAUCGGAACACGCGUCGGAGCUUAAAUUCAAGAAAGGAAAUUCUAGCUUGCACGAUAGGAAAGAGGUACUGUCUCAUGGUGUCGUGUCGUGUUUUCCUCAGUCGUUGACUGACCUUCCUCCUGCGUUAGUGUCUGAAAUCCUCAACUGUCUUGACCCGAAAGAGUUGGGCAUUGUUUCCUGCGUGUCUACACUUUUCCAGAGGCUUGCCUCCGAGCAUUAUGCUUGGAAGGAAUUUUACCGCGAGCGCUGGGGCCUUCCGGGUGCCCCGGCAUUGUUGGGCUCGGGAUGUUCCAAUGAAAAGUCAUGGAAGGAGCUCUUUGUGGAGAGGAAUUUUAGGAGUAGGACAUUUAUGGGACGUUAUAACAUUGAGUAUUUGUAUGGCCACACUGAAGCUGUACGGACUGUUUUCCUUUUGGCUUCGGCAAAACUUUUGUUCACGGCAGGUUAUGAUUCGACAGUUCGAAUGUGGGACUUGGAAGAAGGGUUGUCUAUAUCGUCGUCUAGGCCUCUUGGUUGUACGAUGAGAGCAGUCGCUGCUGAUACGAAGCUGUUGGUUGCCGGGGGCACUGAUGGCUUUAUUCAAUGUUGGAGGGCUGUUGAGGGAAUUCCACACUUGUUUGACCUGAGGGGUCAUCAGAGUCAAGAUAGUGAAUCCCGGCUUUGGGAGCAUGUAGGAGCUGUUACGUCCCUUGCUUUGGAUCUUUCAAAGAUUUAUAGUGGUUCAUGGGACAUGACCGUGCGCAUAUGGGAUCGCACUUCGCUGAAAUGCUUGAGGGUCCUGAGGCACAGUGAUUGGAUCUGGGGACUUGUCCCUCAUGAUACCACCGUCGCCACAUCAUCAGGUUCAGAUGUUUAUGUUUGGGACAUCAACAGUGGGACUUUGAUGACUGUCAUUCAGAAUGCGCACAGUGGUAAUGCUUAUUCGUUGGCUAGAAGCCAUACAGGAGAUUUCCUUUUCACUGGUGGGGAAGAUGGAGCCAUACACAUGUUUGAGAUCAGUCACCUCAUCGACCGUGAUUUCUCCCACGUUGCUUCUUGGAUUCCUCAUUCAGGGCCUGUAUAUGCACUUGCAUUUGAGUUUCCCUGGCUCGUUUCAGCUUCUGCUGAUGGACAGCUUGCACUGGUUGAUGUGAGAAAGUUGCUGAGAACUAAGAAAAGUACUUCUGCAAAGAAGAUUUUGAAGACUGGUAGUGUGGACCGGACCAAAGUGGAGCCACCUCAGAGGAUGCUCCAUUGGUUUUCUAGCGAUCUGUUCUCAGUGGACAUUGGUGCAGAUCGCAUUGUGUGUGGCGGAGAGGAAGGAGUUGUUAGAAUUUGGAACUUCUCGCAAGCUUUGGAAAUCGAACGGAGGGCCCGUGCACUCAGAGGAAUCCGACUGGAAAACAGGAUGCGGCGGCGUAGGCUUCAAAUAGAGAUGAACAGUAAGGGUGGUAGGCUUCAAAUAGAGAUGAACAGUAAGUGUGGUCGGACUGAUCAAUGUUCCGUUGCAGCCAAGAACUCGGUAAAUGGUGACAGGAACAGUGUUUGGCAUAGCAAACGAGGUAUGAGCGGCAAGCUGAAGGCAUGAGGAAGGACUGAUGGCGCCUUUAACUCGAUUGUUUGCUUAAACUCCAGUGAUUUGCCUCAUAAGCAUUGAGUUUCUGUGAAAGCAGAGAAACUGUACAAUCACUUCCAUUAGUUAUAGCAAUCAAUACUUCAUCUUUGACGCCAGUUUCCUGAUUUCAGUUCCCUCGUGUAAUCCUGCCACAGCAACAUGAAUUAUGCGCAUUGCCCGUCGGCCUGCAAUUUCCAGAUCAUGUCUGAUUGAAAAGGGUGAUUAUACGUGAUCAUCUUGAGUGUUGGGUCUUUCAUGUCUGAUUGAGAAGGGUGAUUAUAUGUGAUCUUCUUGACUGUUGGGUCUUUCUUCGGUCAGGGACCCUAAUGCUCUGUGUAGUUGACUGGUAAAAGUGAGUUCAAGUGGAUUUAUCUUCGUACUGGCAAUGAGCUUUCUGCUCGAACAUUCAAAUUGAUCGCCUCAAAUUUGAAUGAUACGAUCACAUCAACAAAUGUAAUUGAACAAGCACAGCAAGAUAGGCGGCAUGAACGAUGGUUUUCUUGCGUAAUGCAUUCCUAGUCACUCUCUCUCUCUCUCUCUCUAUUUUUCUUCUUUUUUUUCUUCUUCUUCUUCUUCUUCUUCUUCUAGCCGUUUGAAGUUUUCUAGUCUAUAAUUUUAUAGAUGGAUGUUUAUGGUUCACUCAGGUGUAAAACUAAUUUACUUUAAUUUCUAUAAUUACGAUGCAGGAAUUUGGAAAUAAAAGCGUGAUGGUUCUUGGAUGUG